CAGACCUUGCCGCCUACGCACCCUCCUGUCUACACACCACUCCAUGAUGCAGAGAGAUACAGGUCUCGAUUUUCGGGAGAUCCAUGAAAGUGAGGACGCAUUUCUGGCUGCCGUUGAAGAGAUUGAACGCGUCGCCCUCAUCGAACGGCCCUUCCACAUACCUAUACGCCUCCGAUUCAUUACACCAAGCCCCGAUAGCAAGACGGGCCACGACUACGUCAUUACAGACGCCAGUACACAUCGAACUGGGAGUGUUUAUGUAGCUGUCUCAUACACGUGGCUCCACGAGCAGUCCUUGGAUGGCCAGAAAAUCCCGAAUUAUCGGGUCAAAGAUCUUUCCAAGGCUGGAACCGUUCCACGACUACCACAUUGUCCGCCCAUAGUCUUCCAUAGAGCCAUGCAAUAUGCGCGCACGCGAGGCUACACAAACGUAUGGAUUGACCAAGAGUGUAUACACCAGGAUGAUCCAACAGAUGUUGAGAGGCAUUUGCAAGUUAUGCAUCGCAUCUAUUCCAACAGCAAAGUUACCAUUGCCGUUCUAGCUACAAGCAGUGGUCGAAUCGACUUGCCAACCAUUGGUCACUUUAAGUCAUUACUGGAAUCUACCUCCUGCGAACCCACGGAUCAAUCUGUUCAGCAUAUUGCCUUCCGAAAGUGGUUUUGCGACGUGUCCGAUGAUAGAUGGUUUUCUCGCACAUGGGCUUUCCAAGAGAAGCUUAGCGCAGAACACGUAGAAUUACUCCUCCCUAUCACAGCUCAACUCUCUGCAGAAUCGACUGUCUACGAAGAUCUAUGUAUCGAUAUAGCAAGGAUGUGGACUAUCGCAGGAUGGAGCUCUAUCACUUGCGCGGUGUCAGUAGAGAAGCAGAUGGGGAUGACGAAUGGUAUGAAUAACAGCAGGUCGAGGCCAGCACCCAGGAGAUUGAUGCUUGAAAGCAUUGUCGACAUCUACGAGCAGAUGGAGCAGUGUGAGAAUGCUGUGCUAGCAGACCGCCUUGCAAUCCUAGCGAACAUCUGCGACCUUGCCUACAGGCUAGCAUCAACAAAGCUUGAUCAUCCUCAAUAUAGUUACAGCACAUGUCUGGUGGUUCUGAUAUUCGCAAACGUAUGGCCUGAUCAGGAGAAACGACAGAUGAGAUACAAGGAGUUGUCAAGUGACUUCAUGGAUGCACCGGUUGGAAUUCUAUUGUCAUACUUAGCCCGACAGAUCAGUGUUGACGGUGCCGACGGUAAACUCUGUACCGAACGCUAUGCAUACGAAUGCUACAUCGAGAAUUACCAUGAACACCGAGUAGAUGUAGACAGAGCCAGGGGUUCUUACAAAGCACGGUCUCGCACUGUGUCCCGACGUGUGAGCCUCGAAUCAAUGGACGGACGUUCUCACUACGAUAACCAUCGCCCCAAUUUUAAACGCACUCCUCUGGACCUGAUUACUCAGGACCUCAUUACUCAGCAUGUCACUCCUUUGGAUUCCAUUUUUUUGCGUGGCACUUCGUCGGCUCGUAUCUCUUUGGACACCGAUUCUGAAACCGUAUCCUCAUGGGACAGCUGUAUCUACCCUGCUUCCUAUCGCCGGCGUACUAUAAGCGAUACAACUCUUUCGGAUACCCAUCUAGGAUUUAGAAGAAUGAAGAACUUCUUUAUCAAACAUGUCCGACUCAUUUUUAGGCGCAAACAAGCUUGAUAUAGCCGGUUUAUCAACCCCCUCGAAGCUGACUUUCGCCUUCCAAAUAAGCCAACUUCUUCGACUCCGUAUAAGUCAAUUAUGCCCCAUACGGUAUGCUCUCAAUGGUCAUCGACUCAGAAUGAGUGAGGCAGAUCUUUCAGACGCCGAAAAGGCAGUUCAGAGGGUGGGUACAUCCUCCACACCGCUACUGCGACAAAGGAAUCUUAAACGAUGGAUUAACACUGAAAGGUUU